AUGGCGGGGAGUUUGAUGGGGGAACCGGAAAAGACGUUGCAGGAUGCGAGGUUUGUCAUUGGUGAUUAUGUUUGCUGUGCGAUCUUACCACCCAUGGCAGAUGGAGGAGUUGCGCCACCACCUAGUGGUCCAUCGAGAGGGGGGUUUGCGGGUGGAAGAUCCGAGACGAGUGAGUUUGGGGGUAGAGGGGGGAUGGCUCCUAGACAGAAUGGAUUUGGGGGCGGGUAUAGAGGAAGAGGGGGCUCAAGAGGUGGAGGAUUCGGUCAGGGUAUGGGUCAAGGACCAGGAGCAGGUGGUGUGCCGAGUGGGGAAUGGAGACGAGGUGAGAGAAUACCGGAUGGUCCAUCUGGAGGAAGAGGUCGUGGUUAUGGAGGUGGAGGUGGAGGGGGCUUUGGAGGUGGAAGAGGUCGAUAUUGA